UGGGCGCGGUUUGCAUGCGAGUAUGUCAUGCAUGUUUGUUUUCCUCAUUUUUCCCCGUCAUCACACCAAAGCACAUUCUCUCGUGUAAUUAAGUAACCGAAAUUCUCUAAAUAGGAGGAUAAAUUCACGACAAAAUCAACGAAAUAUAGUUCAUUAUACUUUCACUUCACCCUACGAGUCAUAUUUCCAAACAUUGGCAUUCUUCAAGAGUGAAAGUUGAGCCUCUCUAAAAACUUCGACCAAAGUGAACAAUUACAGGGACUUAGAUAUUUAAUUAAUUACACAGAGUUUUUGGUAAUAGGGUCAAUACUUUCAAUAAAAAAUGGAUCGUAACAAUGAUAAAGUUAUACGUGUCGGUUCGAGAAAAAGUCAGUUGGCGCUAAUUCAGACCAAACAUGUAAUUGAACAGCUUCAGAGGCUCUUCCCGGAACGGAGAUUUGAAAUACAUACAAUGACAACAAUUGGUGAUCGGGUGCUCAACAUUUCCCUUCCCAAGAUCGGUGAGAAGAGUCUCUUCACCAAGGAUCUCGAGGAUGCAUUGCGAAGGGGAAAGAUAGAUUUUGUUGUGCACUCUCUCAAAGAUCUUCCCACAUCAUUGCCAGAGGGAAUGACUAUUGGGGCAGUUUUAGAGCGCGAGGAUCCGCGUGAUGUUCUUGUGCUCAAUCAAAAGUAUCAGGGAAAGACUCUCAAAAGUCUACCUGAAGGUUCCAUCAUUGGAACUUCUUCACUCCGUCGUGCUGCUCAACUUGCGAGAUUGUAUCCUAAUGUAGCAGUAUGUGACAUUCGGGGGAAUCUCAAUACUCGUCUGGCUAAGCUAGAUGCAGAUACAUCGAAAUUUGCGGGAAUUAUUUUGGCACAUGCUGGUCUUGUGCGAAUGGGCUGGGAAAGUAGAAUCAGUCAGGUACUGGAGAAUGAUGAUUUGAUGUAUGCUGUUGGUCAGGGUGCUCUUGCUGUGGAGUGUCGGUUGGAUGAUAAGGAAAUCCUGGAAAUGCUGGAGAAACUCUGCUGCAAAGCUACUCAAAGUCAAAUUCUGGCUGAGAGAAGUUUCUUGCGUACUUUGGGCGGAGGCUGUAGUGCUCCUGUAGCUGUUAGUUGUUCCCUCAAGUCUUCCCAUGAUCAAAAUGUUGGAAAAUUAACACUUCGUGGAGCAGUUUGGAGUCUUGAUGGUAAAACGGAGAUUCAGGAUGAAGUAUCAUGUGAAAUUCCAUUGAGGACAAUUGAUGAAGUGGAUGCAGUUCCGGCAAAAAAGGCAAAAACAAUAGAGAUUGAGAAAAGGAGAAAGAGUCCUGACAUUGUUGAUGAUUCCAAAGCAACUUUAGGAAAUGAUUCUCAGAACUUCGAUAUUGAAGCUAUAAUAAAUAUUCACGGAGAUGCUUUUAAAAAGUGUCCUUACUCCAUGGAACAUCAAAAGCAGCCAAACAAUCACGAAGGAUGUCCAAUUAAUAUUCCUAUUGGGCAGGAUGUAAUGGGUGACUGUCCGUAUUUUGAUAUAUCGCAAAAAGUGGAUUUAGCUGAAAAAUUCGGACCAGAACAAGUGCCUCCGGCAGAGGGAUCCUCAAAAUGUCCAUUUUCAGGCACAAAAGUUAACGUAGAAAAGGCUCCUGUGGACAAAUGUCCUUUCCUAGCACAACAAAUCAAACUUAUCGAUUGCGAUGCACAAAGUGAACAUGCUCUUGAGGACAAGGAGGUCAUUUUGUCAAAUUCCAAGACUUCAGUUCCAUUGUUCUGUGGGUUGUUUUGUCAUCAAUCAAUCAAUGAAGAUGUGCUGAGAAAAUCUGAAAAUCUAGGGAAUCAACUGGCAAAUAUUUUAAUGGCCAAUGGUGCUCAAGAGGUCAUGAGAAAGGCUCAAAAUGAAAUUCACGAAAAAGCCUAAUACAAUCAAUUUUAUAUUUUAGUCUAGAAAUAGAAAUUCAUUCAUGGAAUGUUUGGUAAAAUGAAAAUGUUACGAAUUGAUGGUAUUUGUUUUUUUUUGGUAAAUAAAACCUUGAAAAAAUCU